AUGUUUGUCGCUGCGCCUGGAAAUCCGUGUAAACGCCUAAGGAUCCUUCAGGAAGCCUCGCCUGUACUGAUCAAACGAAUCAUUGAAGAAGGCGUGCAAGCCUCGAUCCAGCAACCACCCAGCAAGCCAAGAAUCCUUUCGAAGAGAUGGUUGAAGCUGCGCGCGGCAAUGGAUGUCGUCGUGACAGUACGCGCAGACCAAUAUCGCACAUGGAUCUUGAGGUAG